UGACAUGGCAGACUAUGACAAUAUUGGUUUAAAUAAAAUUCAUUUGAAGUUUAGUAUUCCAUCAUGGCUCCCGUGCCCUCCAGACAGCCAGGCAUUAAAAUGUCGGCAAACGUCGUCGCGAUUCUGAUGGCAGCUAAGCCACAGCACUAGCAUGCUCCACGACCCCUGCCAAGCGUGUAGCCAGCCAGGGAGUGCGUUUCCCCAGCGGAGACCGUUUCCCUGGUUGGACCCCCCAUUGCGGCCUCGACGUUAACCGCGACCAGGAGCAAUGAAAAGAACAAUGAGGGAGAGCCCUGGAAAGCAGUGUGCAGUAAUUAAAUUUUCAGCGUGUGCUUUGUGGGGAUGCUGCGAUAGGACAGGACUAGAUCAAACACAGUCUGUUUGUCUUGCUACCUGAGAGCUCCCUGCUGCUGGCCAGGCCCCUGCUCUUCUCUGAUUGGAGUGAAAUUUGAGCUUUGCGAUUAAUUACCACCUACCUCAGGGAGACCCAGGCUCUAAGGCGGAGGCUUAUCGUUCAAGUGACUGUCAGCCUCUCUUUCGCCCAGAGAACGGGCGCUGCUGCCGCGGCCGGUGCGCCUGUUACACAGCGCUGAGGGAGGCUUCCUGCAGAAUGCUGCUCGUGAUAUGGAUCUGAUUGACAUCCUGUGGAGGCAGGACAUAGACCUGGGCGCGGGGAGGGAGGUCUUUGACUACAGCCACCGGCAGAAGGAGCAGGAGUUUCAGCGGCAGCGCGAGCUGGAGGAGGAGAAAAGGCAACAGUUGCUAAGGGAGCAAGAGAAGGCUCUGCUGGCUCAGCUGCAGCUCGACGAGGAGACCGGGGAGUUCGUGCCCCGCCCGGUGACGAGCGCAGAGCCGCAAACCUCCGCCACGCCCCCCGAGGUCACACAGAACGCUCUCUUCACGGAAGAAGAUGGGAACGCGCUCUCGUUUGACGAAUGCAUGCAGCUGCUGGCGGAAACCUUCCCACUCGUAGAGGCGAUCGAGACCGCGUCUCCAUCUGUAGACCCCUCCGUCCCGCCCCCCGCCGGCAGCGUCCCGGCUAUGAUGGCCCCCCAUCAGCCGGCGCUCCCCGUCGCCGUGGAGAAGGCCCCGCAGGACCUGGAGCAGGCUUGGAUGGAGCUCCUGUCCAUUCCUGAGCUGCAGCAGUGUCUGAAUAUGCCAAUGGCGGAUGUGCUGGAGCCCAGCUUUGGCGCUGUAAGUGCUCCCACUGUGCUGCAAGAUCCAAACUACAACUUCUACAUGCCGGCCCUCACUGACAUGGUGGCCCCCACUGCAGACCCGGUCUGCCCCUCAGGCUAUCUGGGCACCUUCGAAGAGAACCUCUCCAGCACCAUCCCCCCGGACAACCUCAAUCAGAUGACUCUGAAACCCUUGGACCUAAACGCCAGCUUUAACUCAGACAGCUUCUGCGACAUGUUUUACCCAGGACUCAUGAACACAAAAGUGGAUGGCAAUGCCCCGCCAGCCAGCAGCGGAAGCACAGAUCUCCCAUUGGCCGAGCUACACGACACAACCCUGCUGAAGCCAAUGGACAUUCCCAAGUUUGCCCUGGGGGAUGAGUUCGAGAGCAGGAAGCCUGAGGCUACGGCCGAGUUUCCGGAUUCGGAUUCGGGCCUGUCGUUGGACGCGAGCCCCAACGCCAGCUCUCCUGAAAAGUCCAUUUCGGGAGACGGCUCCUUCGGGUACAGCGACUCGGAGAUGGAGGAGAUGGACAGCAACCCCGGCAGCGUGGACGCGGAGUCCGACUUCGCCGAGAUGUUCUCGCCGUCCUUCCUCGGUGACGGCAGUCAAGCGUCCUCUUCGGGUGCCGCCCAGCCUCGGGAAACGAAGGUCAAGCACCCGAAGACAGAGCCGGCGGAGGGCGGCGGCCACGCCAAGCCCCCCUUCACCAAGGACAAGCACAAGAAGCGCGCCGAGUCCCGCCUCUCGCGAGACGAGCAGCGGGCCAAGGCCCUCCAGAUCCCCUUCACCGUCGACAUGAUCAUCAACCUCCCCGUGGACGACUUCAACGAGAUGAUGUCCAAGCAGCAGCUGAACGAGGCCCAGCUGGCCCUGGUGCGCGACAUCCGCCGGCGCGGCAAGAACAAGGUGGCCGCCCAGAACUGCCGCAAGCGCAAGAUGGAGAACAUCGUGGGCCUGGAGUACGAGCUGGACUCGCUGAAGGAGGAGAGGGAGCGGCUGCUGAAGGAGAGGACGGAGACCGGGGGCAGCCUGCGGGAGAUGAAGCAGCAGCUCAGCAGCCUGUACCUGGAGGUGUUUGGCCUUCUGCGCGACGAGGACGGCAAGCCCUACUCCCCCAGCGAGUACUCCCUCCAGCAGACCUCCGACGGCACCGUCUUCCUCGUCCCCCGCGUGAAAAAGACACUGAUCAAGAGCGAUGGCAACUAG